CUGCGAUCAGACCCCUCCAAUCGCUCUGUGCGAGACAGAUCUUCUACCAGCCCACUAUCUUCUUUGAGCGCCAAUUGGCAUUCGCGCACCCCUACUAAGCUCUUUAACUCUCCCUCGUGAUUCAUUAUGCCGUCGCAGGUGGCAACAUGUCUGCGCAUUGCGCGGCAGUUUGGUGCCGGGCCUAGCAAGCACCAACGGUUCCUUGCACGUGCCUUUUCCAGUAGUGUUCGUCGGCCUGAAAUCAAUAAAGUCCUCUCGUCCGCAGACCUCGCCAUCAAGGACAUGAAGUCCAAUUCCACACUUUUGGCCGGUGGAUUCGGUCUUUCCGGUGUACCGGACACGCUCAUCAACGCGGUGAAAGCCAACCCGUCGAUCACUGGACUGACGGUCGUCAGCAACAACGCCGGUGUGGAUGGAGCGGGCCUCGGUCUGCUUCUCCAGUCCAAACAGAUCAAGAAGAUGAUUGCCAGCUACGUGGGAGAGAACAAGACUUUCGAGCGCAUGUACUUGACCGGAGAAAUCGAACUCGAGUUGACUCCCCAGGGUACCCUGGCUGAGCGUUGUCGGGCAGGUGGUGCAGGCAUCCCGGCCUUUUUCACCCCCGCUGCCCUCGGGACGGUCGUGCAGACGGGCGAACUGCCACUGAAGCAUAAUGCCGAUGGCACUAUUGCGCUUUACAGUCAGCCGCGGGACGUGAAGGUCUUCGACAAGAAGAGCUAUGUGAUGGAGGAAGCGAUUAAGGGUGACUAUGCCUUCGUGAAGGCCUGGAAGGCCGACAAGCUGGGUAACUGUCAGUUCCGCUAUGCAGCGGCUAACUUCAACGGGGCGAUGGGUCGCAAUGCCAAGAUGACCGUCGUCGAGGCCGAGCACAUCGUCGAGCCUGGGGAGAUCGACCCCGCUGCCAUUCACCUGCCCGGCAUCUACGUCAAGCGGGUUAUUCAGAGCACCACCCCGAAGAAUAUCGAGAAGUUUACUUUCGCCAAGGAAGAGGGCGAGGAUGCGGCUGCUGCUCUAGGCAAGGGUGAUACGGCCGCCAAGCGCGAGCGCAUCGUGCGCCGUGCGGCCAAGGAGUUCAAGAACGGCAUGUAUGCGAACUUGGGAAUCGGUAUGCCCAUGCUGGCGCCUAACUUCGUCGACCCCUCUGUGUCGGUUACGCUGCAGUCGGAGAACGGUAUUCUGGGCUUGGGCCCUUACCCCAAGAAGGGCCAGGAGGACCCUGAUCUCAUCAACGCCGGCAAGGAGACCGUCACUUUGCUGCCCGGCGCGGCUUGCUUCGGCAGUGAGGAGUCCUUCGGCAUGAUUCGUGCCGGACGGAUCGAUCUCACAAUCCUGGGCGCAAUGCAAGUCAGCGCCCGGGGUGAUCUGGCUAACUGGAUGCUGCCCGGUAAGAUCAAGGGCUUUGGUGGUGCCAUGGACCUUGUCUCGAACCCCUCCGCUACCAAGGUGGUGGUGACCAUGGAGCACACGGAUAAGAAGGGCAACCCCAAGAUUGUGAAGCAGUGCGAGUUUCCCUUGACCGGGAAGACGUGCGUCAGCCGCAUCAUCACCGAGCUCUGCGUGUUCGAUGUCGACUUCACCGACGGGUUGACGUUGGUUGAGCUGGCAGACGGAGUCACCGUGGAUGAAGUGCGGAGCAAGACAGAGGCGCCGUUCAAGGUUGCCGAUGAUGUCAAGCCUAUGUUGUGAUUGUCGCCGGUCGUCAUCUUUUCCUAUCCAUUCCCAGACUUUAUUGGUCUCCUUGUCAUUUCUGUACAAUUUUCAAGCGUGUUCUUUCAACGGCGAUAUCCGACUGCAAAACUACUAUAUACUAUCUCGCACUUAACAGUAUCUAAAAGCCGUGCCAUUUCUCAAAGACCAAAAACAACAUUCGCA